UCGAGCGGACUAAAGUAACGGAGGACGCGGGGUGACCGACAGUGCCGGUUUCUCGUGCUCGGUGCGGUGAACAUAGUGACGAGAUAUCUCGCAAUUCGUCUGUCCACGUUUCAGUGUCGGUAUCUGUUAGACGUUUACUUGCCCGUCAGGGACUACGGUGGACGACUGUCGAAUUUCCCGAGAUCUGAAAUACGUCGUCAACAUGGAGGAGAGGAUAUUGCAGAUGCUCGAGGACGUAGGAUACACAGGACCGCUGCUUGAUGCUGAGAAACUGUCACAGGCUCUGAAAGUCGGCGCCAAGUCGACGGAUUUUACUAGUCUUAUAGCCUGGUUCGCCGAGCAACUGGGAACAUUUAUCGACACCGAUGAGAUUGUUCAUGCUACAACAAGUGCCGAUGAUGCUAGUUCGUUCCUCUUAGAGUUAAGUUUCUUCCUCAAGGAAAUAGGAUGUGCGAAUGAGAAACUAAUGACUGGACACGUGAAUCAAAGACUAGCGACUGAACUGGAAAGGGCUGUCCUGAUAGAAUUUUUAGCAGCUGAACUUAUGGCUAGUAAAUUAUUAGAGAUUAAAUGUCCCAAGGAAGAGAAGCAGAUAGAGCUUACUAUUGAUGAGAGCGACACAGCAAAAAACUUGAAGAACAUGCUGGUGACGCUGAAGUUCCAAAAGCCACCGAACAAUAUCACGCCUGAUCAGCUGUUCUCAAGAGUGGAGACUAAAUUGUCGGAAGUGCUGAAGACUUUGUCACCUGAGUUUCUAGGCAAACCCCUCAUAGAUGUUGAGCUCUCGGCGAAACAAUGGGACAAGCUGAGUCUGUUGCAGGAGGAGAUGAACAAGGAGUACACGAUUCGCCGUGACAUGUUGCUCAAGCGUCUUGACGUCACAGUUCAGUCGUUCCUGUGGUCAGACAGGAUAAAGCCGCAGGAAACCGAGGUGAACUCCAGAUACGACGAGAGGAGGAAGACUCUGAAGAACGAGCCGAAGGUGACGAUAGCCGAUCUGCUGGCGGCGAGAGACGACCUGGCGGUGAUCGAGAAGAUGAGUAACGCGAGCGUUCGUAAGAACACGCGGAGCAAAAUCAACAGCGUUAUUAUCGGAGCGGUGCCGGACAGAGGUGGCAGACCGUACGAGCAAGAGCCUCCUCCACCAGAGAUGCCUCCAUGGCAGAAGGACAGGGUUCAGGGACCGCCGUCGUUCCGGGGCGGGAGAGGAGGCGGCGGUGGUGGUGGUGAUAGAGGAGGACGUGGCGGCGGCAGAGGAGGAGGAGGUAGAGGUGGCGGUGGCAGCGGCGGCUAUCGCGAUCAUAAAGACGUCAGCAGCAAUUUCGGGCAGAACAUGGACUAUCAGCAGUCUCAGUACUCCGGACACGGUCACAGGGAGUGUUACCCGGAUCACAGAAACGACGGGGGAUAUCAGCGGGGUGGCGGAGGCGGUGGUAGAAGCGGCGGGGGCUAUCGCGGAGAUGCCGGCGGUCAAAAUUACGGUCAAAAUUACGGCCAGAAUUAUCCGAGUCAGAAUUAUCAGAGUCAAAACUAUCAGGGUUAUCAGGGUCAGAGUUACGGCAGUCAGCAGCCGCAUUACUCCGGUCAGAGGGAUUCCUAUGGGGGCGAUAAUCGUGGUGGCGGAAACUACUAUAACGAGAGAAGAGAGGGUGGAGGCGGGGGGGGAGGUAGAGGCGGAGGAAGUAGGGUUCAAGGCGGUUGGAAUUCCAACAAUUCUGGCGGCAACUAUCAGCGCGGCGGCUACAAUAAAGGCAGAGGUCGAGGACAAUAUUGAAGGCACCGCUGUAUCUUUUUGAUGACGGAUGCUCAUCGCGCGAGAAACUAUCACGGUGAUAUCGCUAUUAUAUUUACGCUUACGUACUCAUACAUGCAACGCGCUAAGAAGACUAACUCGAAAUAUCCCGAAUUCAAAGUAUCUUUAGGUACAACCUGAGAUAGCGAUGAACGUUGAAAUGUGUGCGUCGGAACGAAGCAAGCUAACAGUUCGAAAUUAAAACAAUAUAUCUCGUUAAGAUAGUCGAUACGUUAUUUAUAUUCGAUCUCGCAUAUAGAGUCUCAUUUUUGCAACGGCAACUUUCAAUCUCCUCGUUCGAUUGAGCCGCGUAUGUUUGUGUACAUAAUACAAUUCUCUUUUUACACGAAUUUGAAGGAAAUCCAAUAUGUAAAUAUGUACUCGCUCGCAUCCGCAUGAGAGAGCGGAUUAGAUGGUUGAAAUUUAUUUAUAACAGGAGGAAUGAAGACUGUAAAUCAAGAAUAUUCAAUUAUACACUAUAUAUAUGUAUCGAAUAUCAAGUGCUAAAUGAGUAAUCUAAUGUGCUUGUAUAUGUAUAAUAUUAAAUCCUCAGCACUGCGAUCUCGUUGGUGAGAUGUGUUAUUUGAAGUAAACCUUAUCUACUAUUCGGCUGCAUUAUUUAAAAA